CUAGGAGACAGUGGGCCCAACAAGGCCAGCCAAGGCCAGGCUGUGGGGGUGGGAGAGCAGUUGAAUGGGAGCCUGCAGGCUGAAUUAAGUCUCUUCACUGUUGACUCAAGAGGUGUGGCAACAGAAAUAGGCCAAAUAUGGGCCCAAGAGACCUUUGAGGGUAGUCAGGGUUCAGGAGGACAGAGGCCCAAGUCACAAGCCUAGCUAGGCAUGGGGUCACAGUACUCAGGAGUCUUGAGGUGAGAGAGCUGCUGUGAGUUAGAGGCCAGCCUGGGCUACAUAGCCGAACUUUAAAAAGUCAUGGACCACAAAUAUUAAUCAUGACACUGGGCGCCGACAAAAGCCGCUGCUGUGUGCCCUGCGGUGUUGUUUGACUAAUGUUUACUGAAGGGAGAUUCAUUGGAGGCUCCCGAUCUCAUGGGACAUUCUGCCGUGAGGAUGGUUACAGCCACAUCUCACAGAUGAUGAAGGCCAGUAUGUGGCAGAGGGUGACUGUCACCUCACACUGGCUUCCUGUGACCACAGCAGUUGCAAAGAAGCAGCUCUCCAGCUUGGCCUGAGCCACAGGCCAGGCCCUGCUACCUAGUACGGGAGGCUGGACCACACAGUAAGACUGGAUGACUCUGGUUCAAAUAUUUGGAAGACUCAGCUGGGCUUGGUGGCUCUUGCCUGAGAGGACCACUGUGAUUCUACGCUAGCCUGGGCUACAAAGGAAGUUUUGGGACAGCCUGGACUACAUACCACUGAGGAGUCACAUCCUGUGACUGUCCCCCAUCUUCCUGCCCAGCUCUGAACCAUGGCAACUUCCAGGUUGCCCGCGGUGCCUGAGGAGGAGACCACCAUCCUCAUGGCCAAGGAAGAGCUGGAGGCCCUGCGCACAGCCUUUGAGUCUGGCGACAUCCCUCAGGCCGCCUCUCGCCUUCGGGAGCUGCUGGCCACCACGGAGACCACCCGGCUGGAAGUGGGCGUCACGGGCGAGUCGGGAGCCGGCAAGUCCUCCCUCAUCAAUGCCCUGCGGGGAGUGGGGGCCGAGGAUCCUGGUGCAGCUCUCACUGGGGUCGUGGAGACCACCAUGCAACCUUCACCCUACCCGCACCCACAGUUUCCCGACGUGACCCUGUGGGACCUGCCCGGGGCCGGUUCUCCAGGCUGCUCAGCAGACAAGUAUCUGAAGGAGGUGGAUUUCGGCCGCUAUGACUUCUUCUUGCUCGUCUCCCCCCGCCGCUGUGGCGCAGUGGAGACCCGCCUGGCUUCCGAGAUCCUGCGCCAGGGGAAGAAGUUUUACUUUGUGCGCACCAAGGUGGACGAGGAUCUGGCGGCCACCCGCAACCAGAGGCCCUCGGGCUUCAGCGAGGCCGCCGUCCUCCAGGAGAUCCGGGAUCACUGCGCGGAGCGGCUGCGGGCAGCGGGCCUGAGUGAUCCCCGCAUCUUCCUGGUGUCCAACCUGUCGCCAAACCGCUAUGAUUUCCCGAUGCUCGUGACCACAUGGGAGCACGACCUGCCCGCCCACCGUCGCCAUGCCGGCCUGCUGUCCCUGCCUGACAUCUCGCUGGAGGCUCUGCAGAAGAAGAAGGACAUGCUACAAGAGCAGGUGCUUAAGACUGCCUUGGUGUCCGGUGUCAUCCAGGCCCUGCCGGUCCCCGGACUGGCAGCUGCCUACGACGACGCCUUGCUUAUCCGCUCACUGCGGGGAUACCACCGCAGCUUCGGCCUAGACGACGACUCGCUGGCCAAGCUGGCCGAGCAAGUGGGCAAGCAGGCAGGGGACCUGCGCUCCGUCAUCCGCUCCCCUCUGGCCAACGAGGUCUCACCAGAGACUGUCCUGAGACUCUACUCGCAGUCCUCAGAUGGUGCCAUGCGGGUGGCCCGUGCCUUUGAGAGGGGCAUCCCUGUAUUUGGCACGCUGGUGGCCGGGGGUAUCAGCUUCGGCACGGUCUACACCAUGCUCCAGGGCUGUCUCAAUGAGAUGGCUGAGGACGCCCAACGCGUCCGCAUCAAGGCCCUGGAGGAAGAUGAGACCCAGGGUGAGGUGAGCUUGGAGGCGGCUGGUGACAAUGCAGUGGAAAAGCGGAGCAGUGGGGAAGGAACCAGCGAGGAAGCCCCGCUGUCCACCCGCAGGAAGCUUGGCCUCCUCCUCAAGUACAUUCUUGACAGCUGGAAGAGGCGCGACUUGUCAGAAGACAAAUAAAAGCGCAGCCCUGCCCCUGCCCCUCCUCCCCACCUCCGCCUCACCCACCAGCCAAGCCCUUUAAACAAAACCAACAUCAACCAAA